AUCAUUUUAUUUGAAUGCUUCCGGUCGCUAGCAUUCGUCUUAGAAUUCGGUUCCAGUAGUUUCAACCCAGUCUAAAAUAGCGCUGUGGACAAUGGAUAAAAUCUGCCGCAAUCAACUACCGGAUUCAUCGUCAUCGCCUCCGCUAAGUGGGCUAAAUUUCCAUAACUUUGAUGAGGAUCUCAUCUCGGAUUUACCGUCGUGUGUUUAUGCAAAUCAUCAGCUUGGCGCAGCGACGGCAACCAACGCCAGCACGGCCAAUCUCAGAUUGAAUACCAACAGCCUGAGACAGAUUCAGCAUCAAUAUCUACAUCACACCGAUUGCUUGGAUUCAUCCGGUGGACCCGGAGCAGCACUAUCCAACUCUAUGAAUCAUCCCUACAGUACAGCACCGUACAAGAUUCAACGCCAACAGACUAACGUCAGAGAACGUAAACGAAUACUGAGGUCCGCUCCGAACGGCAGUAUAAACUCAGCAUUCGAUGAGCUACGUGUACAUGUUCCUACAUUUCCGUACGAGAAAAGACUUAGUAAAAUUGAUACACUACGUUUGGCAAUUGCAUACAUUGCUCUACUGAGAGAAGUCCUUGAGGCGGAUUACGAUCCAUUGACUUACGUGGAGAAAUGUUUACGAGGAGAAAUUAAGGCCGAUCACGCCCAUUGGAACACGAGCGAUCUAACUGCUCGCCUAUCCUGGAUCAAUUGGGAAAAUUUGGGUGUCCAUCCGGGUAGAAGAACCAUAUUGACAUCACUGGCACUGGGAUCGUCGGAAAGUCUGGGAUGUGGUCCACCUCCUCAUCUCAUCUAAACCUUGCAAUAAUACGGCUGUAGUCACGUAGAAUUAAGAAAUUGUCUUCCCCCCAGUUCUUGUCAUAUUUAUUAUUUAGGUAUUCAUUUAGCAACUUCAACCUAAUAGGUCACACGUGAAUACUAGUCAUAGUGAGGCUCUAGAUCAUAAUACAUAUUUCCUCUUGUUUAUUGUGAUAUUAUUUAAGCUUUUUUUCAAUAUCUUGUUAAAAUACAAGCGUGAUUUUUAAACUCCGAAAA